AUGUGUGAAAACAAAGAUUUAUAUCGCGGUGAAAAAUACUUCGAUCUUAAACAAAAACUGGAGGCGCUGGGAUAUAGUUAUACUUUACCCAUAGAUGCAGUCCCUUUAGUUGAAUGUAUUAUAGCUGAUUUGUUGCAAACCACCCGAAGCUUACAGCAUUAUAUGGAUUUAUGCAAAGAAGCACUUCAACAGCGUGAUUCUUUAAUUAUGGAAGUGGAACCCUAUAAAUGUGAUAAUGUUAAAUUAAUUAGCGAAAAUAAUCAACUGCAUAAAGAAAUAAUGCAGCUAAAAGAAGAAAAUAUGAAGCUUUCUAAAGAAAAUAAAAGACGAAUUAAAUGUUUAUCAGACGACUUAACAAAGAAAGAUACUUUAAUUAUUAAAUUACAACAUGACCUUCGAGAUUUGAGCUUAAGAAAUUUAUGUACCAGUACCCAAAGCACUCGGAGUAAAAGUAAAAGAAAGGAAGAGGAAACUCCAAUUACAAGCAAAAUUUGUGUUUGUAAUGAUACUGAGGGAAACACUGAUUUAGUUAACAAUAAACAUGAACUGUGUGAAAAUAUACAGUUGUUAAAAGAAAAAAAUGAAGCUUUCUGUGAUGAAAUUUUAUUGCUUAAAAGCCAAGUAGAGCAUAGAGAUAAUGAAAUCCUCAGACUUAAGAUGUUGCUGGAAGGUGGUAGGCCAAUACCAACAAUAAAUAAAGGCUAUUGUGAUAAGAAUGCCAAUUUUAAUCAAUCAAUAGUGAAAGAGCUUAAUGAAAUAAAAAUAGAAAAUGAUGCUUUAAAAAAAGAAAUUACCAUUGGCUUAGGAAAGCAACAUGAAGCAAUGUUACGUGCGUUAACACUUGCUGAUAAAAAUAAAGUUUUGGAAGAGGAGUUGCUAAAGGUAGAUAAGUUAGCAUUAACAGUCGAGAAAGACUGUAAUAAUAGAUUAGCUGUAUUAAAAAAUGAGCUAAACUUUUCACAUGCUAAAUUAGAAAAUUUAACUUUGAAAAAUUCUGAAUUAGCAAAAGAAUUAUCAGAAUACCAAAGAAAAGAAAAUUGUAUACAAGAAUCACUUAAUUUAGCUCUCAAGGAGAAAGAUGUAUUGCAAAAAGAAAUUAAGGAUUUAAUAGAAAUUAAUAGCAAUCUUCAAGAUAAAAUUGUGACCCUAUCUCAAAUUAACAAAAGCUACUAUGAUAAAAUAUCUAUGGAUGUUCAAUAUAGUCAAAGUAAUACUAAAUGCCUUCAAAAGAAUGAUUUACAAAAGCUUUUAAUGGAUGAAAGAGAAAGGUAUGAGAAAUAUAUGAAUAAUAUUCAAGAGAAACUUUCAGAGGUAUUGGAUUUAUUCAAUAAAUAUACACCAGAAAAGUUGAAAAAAAGUUGUAAUUUACAAAUUUCGCCAGAAAAUACAUUUAUAAGAGACUUACACAAUAGGUUAUGUGAAAGUGAACAAAAGAUUCUAAUGUUAAAAAAGGAAAACGAUGAACUUAAAUGUAAAGCAAUUCAACAAGAAGAUUGUAAUAAGCAGAAUUUUCAGGAUAUCAUAAAGCAUUUGAAUAUAGAAAAUGCUCAACUUACAAAAGAAAAUAUUUAUCUUAGUCAGCAAAUCAGUCAUUAUAAAACACAUUAUUCGGCUCAACAAAACAGUGAUGAAUGCACCUUUCAAGAAUAUUCUAAAUUAAGAGAGAGAAAUGAAACACUAUUAAGAGAACUAGAAUUUUCAAAGAAGGAUAAACAAGAAUAUCAAAUGCGAUAUAAUGAAUUAAAAGAUUUAGUAGAGAAAUUUAAAAGAGACUUAGCUCUUAAACAAAAAGAAAUAGAACACUUAGAGGAAGAAAAUUGUUCAUAUAAAAUGACAAAUAGAACUGGUAAAGCUUCUGCAGAACAGUUAAGAGAAGAAUGUAAUUUCCUUAAAGAACAAAUUAAAAAAAUCCAAAAUGAUGUAAUAAAGGAAAAAACACUAGCUAGUCAAAUUAAACAUAUUCAAAUUGAAACAGAACGAAAUAGUUCUGAGAUACAUAAUGAAUUAUUAAGUGUGCAAAAACAACUAAGUUUGUCUAAAGAAAACAUUGGUCAGUUGGAAAAAAAAUGUAAAGAAUUACAGUCAGAAAUAAAUUCACUAAAAUAUGAUAAAUCAAAUUUAAUUGAAAAUAUUAAAAGUCUGGACCAAGAGAGAGAUAAGUUAGUCAUAGAAUUAGAUAACAAGACUGAACGCAUAAGUAGCUUAGAACAAAAAAUCAAUAAUAAAGUAUUUGAAAUGAGUAAAUUAGAAAACGAAAAUGCAGAAUUAAAAAGAAAACUGAAUUUAUAUAAAACAUCAGAACACAAGUUAUCAGAUUAUGAAUCACAGAUUAUGUUUUUAAACAGUGAGAUACUAAGGUUGACACAAAAAUACGAUAAUGCAAUCAUAGAAAAUAAACAGUUACAAAAUAGUUUAGCUGAUACAAAUGGUACAUUAAAAUUGACUAAGUUGGAAUUGGAGAAAUCUAAGAAGGAUGUUGACAGUCUUAAACAACAGUUACAACAUUAUGUGACAGAAGUAAGACGAAUUGAGGAACUUUUGUCACAGAAGGAGGCAGAAAGAUCAGACAUGCUAGAACAAUUUGCUAGUUUAUCAGUAGAAGCUAACAUUUUAGAAAAUACAAAUCAUUCUUUAGAAAGUGAAUCUGCAUCUAAAUCAAUUCAAUUACAGUCAUAUGUUAAUAAAAUUCAAAGUUUAGAGGCCCAACUUAUAGAUAAGGAAAAUGUUAUUGACAAUCAGUCUGCACAAAUUUCAGCAAUGACAUGUAAAAUCACCGCAUUUGAAAAUGAAAUAAAACUUAUUUCAGAUGAGAAGAAAAUACUUGAACAAAAUGUAUCACAUUUAAAGCAAAUGUGCAAUAAUUUGAAUAUGGAACAAUCAAAUAAUAUUCUUGACCUCAAAGAUACUGAUUCAGAGUUGAAACUCUAUGAAAAUAAAAUAAAAAGUUUAACUUCAACAAAAUUAAGGUUACAAAUGGAAAAUGAUGAAUUGAAAGAUAAAUUAAAUACCACCGAAAAAUUAUUAUUAAAUGCAAGAAGAGAAAUAGUGGAACUGAAAUUAGCUUUGCAAGAUGCCACAUCUGAAACAAAAUCAUUACAAGAUUGUGUCAGUAGGUUAAGUAGAAUGGAGCCUGAAGUUCACGAGCAUACUUUGACAGAUGAGAAUAUUGAGUUACCUCCUACACUUGGAGGAACAAUUCAAGAAAUCAGUAAUGAAGAUGAGAAUAGUAUACUUCAUGCCCCUAGUACUGUUUGUCCAAUGCCCCAUAUCAUAGCAUGUAUUGGUGGCAUAUCGAGUUUUGCUGCUCGGUAUAUAAAAGCAAUUGCAGCACUGCUCGCGACACUAGAAGUAACUGGAGUUACCACACCCAUCAAUAUCAAUAACACUGGAAAAAACUUUCCAUAUUUGUGUUUCCUUAGAGUUCCGAAAGCGACUAAUCCCGCGCAAGUGUGCACAAAAACAGAUGAGCAUAAUGACCACAAAAACACUGGAUACCACAUUUCACCAAAUGUAUCAAGAGGAUCACCUGGAGUCAGUUUUAGUAUAUCCACAAAUGAAUCAAACUCUGACACUCUGAACUCUGACAACAUGUCAUACAUGUUGUCUUGA